AUGGCAGAAUCAGCAUCAGAAAGACCAACUUACCCAAUCACUAGCCGCGCUGAAAGCGAACGUCUAGUUGAAUCCUGGGGUUUCAGUCACGUCUUCACUUGGACGGAUGGAAGGAAUGCGUAUUAUGCGCCCCACCGUCACUCCAAUGUAACCACCCAUCUCAUCCUUCGUGGGUCCAUGACAAUUACCUAUCCAGAAGACAAUAAGACGUUGUAUAAUGGAGAGAUCAGGAAGGAGACGCACGGUGUAGGGGCUCGGAUUGAUGUUCCGGCAGGCAAGUUGCAUGAGGUUUGGAUUGGCAAGGAUGGGUGUGAGUAUGUUAUCGGAGAGUAG